AUGGCUUCCAAAGCAGCUGCGAAAGUUGCGGGGGGUGUGAUGAACAUCAACCAGAAACAAACCCUCCAAUCAACCGGAAUAGGAGAGCGCAUCCGCCGCCUCCUCGCCGUCGACCCCAACCGAUCCAACGGCGUGCCGCUGAACCCGUACUUCCGCAACCCGACGCCGGGCGCGCUGAACCCGCUCGACUACGACGACCCAGUGACGAUCCCCGCGGGCGACAUCGCCGACAACCCGUACUGGAAGCGGGACGCGCGGCGGGCAUACCCGCGCCUCAGCUUCGUCAACCAAGCCGACGCCGUGGCCUUGCUCUCCGUCGGCAGCGCCGCGGCCCCGAAACAAGAGCUGAUCGGCGAGGAAGGCCAGAAGGCUCUUGUCGCGGCGAAGGAAGAGGGCAAGACGAUGGGUCUCGCGGCGUAUUUCGAGAAGAAUGUUGGUGCGGCGAAGGACACGCUACUAGUGAAUGGACUGCCGCCGUUGCCGAGUGGGCAGAGCUUGGGGAAGGAGGGCGCGUGGCAGACGUAUAAGUAUGAGUUGACGGAGGAGAACUCGUAUCCAGAGGGAUAUCCUUGCCGGACUUUCAAAUAG